CGAAACUGUGGUUGGAAACGUUGACGAAGACAUUAUUUCCAUGCCGAGCUCUACCGAUCGAUCCGAUUUUUCUAUUUUGAAGCGCACGAGAUGCAGUUGUGUCUUUUUUAGCCUUUAAAGACUGCGUAGAUACAGCUCUCAGAUUCGAUUUCAUCUUCACGACCUUCCCCCGCAGAGCAACACUAAUUCCUCUAUCGUUUGCAUCUUGCAUUCGAUUAGGGUCCUUUUUCAAUCCAAUUUUCAGGUCAAAAUCUGGAGUAUCACACCGCCACGCGUGUACUACUCCAGUAAAUCAUUUUCAGUUGUUGUACUACACAAAAAAUCUAACGACAAGACAAAUCUAACGACAAGAUGACUCCCCUCAUCGACGGGCUCAUCGUGGCCCCGUGCCUUUUGGGCCUGGGCUGGGCCGCGAAGGAGUGCGUUUUUCUCCGGAACGUGAAGAUGAACGGGCACAAUAUCAAAUGCAAAAAUGUCUGGGUCUGGAAGAUUGCAACUUGUCAUGCUUUUUGUGGACUCUAAAAGAAUUUGUAUUGCAUGACCAGCGAGAGGGGUGCAAUUUGUGCUACACGGACAGGCCACUUCUCAUGCGGAAGGUGCAUCAGGAAGCCCUCUGAAAGUCUGCGAUGCUAGGUGAUGCAUUACAGGCAUCAUGGGUCAUGAGAAAUAUGCAUGACAAACAUGCACUCUUCCAGACCCAGACGUUGUUACGUUUGAUACACAAGGACAAACUCCUAAAAUCCGAUCAGCUGGGUGAGGACACCCAGAAGAUUCUCUCCGUCAUGACCGUAUCAACUGUAAAAAUGUCUGGGUCUGGAAGAUUGCCGGCUUUGUCAUGCACAUUUUGCAUGACUCCUCAAGUCUGUGAUGCAUGCCCUAGCAUCACAGGUUUUUAGAGGGCUUCCUGAUGCCUAUUCCGCAUGACAAAUGCUCUUUCCGUACUGCAAAAUUUGGAUUCUCUUUGCUGCUCAUGCAAUACAGAUUUUUUUAGAAUCCAAAAUCAGCAUGACAAGUUGGAUUCUUCCAGACCCAUACAUUUUUACAUUUGAUAGACCGAGAUCGGCGGCUACAUCGCGGAGGGCGCGAACGCGUUUUUGAUGAAGGAAUAUCAGUACAUGGCGGUCUACGUGAUCCUCUUCUCCUGCAUCCUGACCCAGGUGAACUACGGAACGGUGGUCGCCUUCAUCGUCGGGUCCAUCACCUCCAUCCUCUCCGGUUACAUCGGUAUGAAAAUCGCCGUGUACACGAACGUCAGGACCGCGCACGAGUGCUGGAAGGAUUUGUCAUCUGGGUACGACGUCGCCAUCCGCGGCGGGUGCGUCAUGGGGCUGAGCUUGGUCUCUCUGGGAGUGCUGGCUCUGUACGCUUUGAUUCAGGUCUACACGUCCGCGUCGGAUCCCUUCGGCUUCGCCGGCGACAAGAGCGCAAUCUUCGACGCGAUUGCUGGGUUUGGACUGGGUAUACUUGCGUUGUAAGUAGGUGUCUUGUUCUUAUUCUUGUAGGUUGAAUGUCAUAAGCGCAUGCUGGGGUCGUACUGGCUCGUUGACGGAAUGGUGAACAAAUCUUAGUGAGUUUCUGAGGGGCACGCUCGUUGUGCGUGCUCUGUGAAAGACUCGAAAGAAAGUGACAUGAAGCUGACUGUUGCACAUCGCGUAUUUUUGCCCGUGGUUGAAAUGAGGAACAAAUCUUGGUGAGUUUCUGAGUAGCACGUGCGUCGUGCUUCUUGUGAAAGACACAAAAGAAUCCCGUACGUAGACUGACAUUAUUUGCACACGGUUUUGUAGACUAUGCUUCCUGCACACCCUGCAAGCGGUGAUGGUUCUCCGAAGUUGGAUUGUGGAUAGCCCGUGAAGGCCCUUAAUUGCUGAAGGCUGUAUAGGUGCUGCGCAUGAUGACCCAAAAGCUACUUGGUUCGAAGAUGCACGCUUGCCGUGCCUCUGUGAUGAAGAACUGCACGAAUUCGGUCUGAGACUGUUUUCUUUAGGUCGUGUAGUGAGAUCUUGAUCUGCCAUUGGUACUUCACCUCAUACAUCACACUCGGGAGCCGACUGAAGACGCGCACACCAAUCCAAUAUUUGGUGUGAGGUGAUCUCUCCGUCCCAGUAGGCAAGAGCCGCUUCUUAGUUGCCCCAUGAGGUUGCAAAGCUCGUCUUCGUGAGGAAAAAAUAGCUUCCUGACUUGGCCUCCCAGGUCGUCAGUGAUGCAAGGAGAACUCAAACGAUAAACACACAUCUGACAGAAGCGGUUUCAAAUACAGGCGCAGCUGCAAAUAACAGGCCCCCUAGCUUGUCAAACCACUCCUUUUUAAUCACUAUCUAUGCAAAAACUCUCAGGUGGUUCCUCCAUCGCACUCUUCGGUCGUGUUGGUGGCGGUAUCUACACCAAGGCUGCAGAUGUCGGUGCGGAUCUUUCCGGAAAGAACGACUACGGGCUCGAUGAGGACGAUCCGCGCAACCCGGCGUGUAUCGCCGACAACGUGGGAGAUAAUGUUGGGGACGUGGCCGGUAUGGGCGCAGAUCUGUUCGGUUCCUUCGCGGAGGCGACGUGUGCGGCUCUUGUGGUCGGGGCGAGUAGUGGCGCGUUUGCGAAUGGCAUCGCCAACAACUGGUCCGCCAUGAUGUUCCCGGUAUAGGAUUUUGUUUUGCGGAUUCUGCAUUACAAAAGCAUCAUGUUAGCUGGUAAUUCCAUCACAAGUUUUGCUCCUGUCGUGAUGCAGAAUUGAAAGCAGCAUAGGCAGCCUAUCUGCUGAUGCCGAUAGCAAUUCACCCUCCAAUUGAGCUGAAAAAUGCCUUUUGAUUGUGGAAUGCGAAUCGAUACUGUAAAUGUAAUCAUAAAAACGCAUUUCGCCUAUUUUCGGGGUUCUCGUGAUGUAAAAUCCUUGACGCUUUUUUCUUCCGAUAUUCGCAGGUUGGUCUGCAAAUGUUGUUGAAAAAACAAAAAUUUACUGACCCAAUUAUAAUGUCAAGAACGGUUGAAAAGCUUUUCUUCGUAGUUGCCACAAGAAACGUCGGACGGCCUCUGAGUAUACCAUAUCAACCUCCAUCAAAACUAUCUCAGGUUCUCCUUUCCUCCACCGGUAUCCUGGUCGGUAUCAUCACUCUGUGCGUUGUCAACCAAUUUUACCCGGUCCGCGAACUCCCCGACAUUGAGAAGGCGCUGAAGGGUGUUCUCGUCAUCUCCACCUUCCUGGAGAUCCCCGUCAUUCUCAUCCUCGCCAAGGUCUGCCUGCCCGACGGAACCUUCGACUUGGCCGCAAACGCACGUGGUGUCACGUGGCUCGGCGCCGCUGUCCCGUGUUAUCCUGUGCAAAAGUAUCGUGGUCGUAGUAAUCGCAUUUAUGCAUGACAAAUCUCUUUUUCAAGGGAAAUCAGCAUGAGAAAUUCCAUUUGUCAUGCAUCGCAAAUUUGUAAUGCGAUUACUACUAGUGUGCGAUGCUUUUACAAUUCAUACGUGCGUGUUGGGCGCGAUCAGCGGAUUGAUCAUCGGUAUAGAAUACAUUUGUGGGCGCGAUCAGCGGAUUGAUCAUUUGUGGGGCGAAAUGGGCCUUAGCGCUAGUGUUGGCACCUGAAAAUUUCUGUUGCACAUGAUGAAAAACUCAAAUCAAGGUUUCGUCACGGAAUACUACACUUCCCACUCUUACCGCCCGGUCCGCGAGAUCUCCGAAACCCAACGCGUCUCCGCCGCCACCGGUAUCAUCUACGGCCUCGCCCUCGGGUACCUGUCCUGCGUUAUCCCGGUUGCCUGCCUGGGUUUGA